AUGCCUCCCAGCCCUCUCGCACUACCAUUCCUCCCACUCCGCCUCGUGGCAUCUGCAUUGUCCACGCCGCUCAUCACGGGUCCACUCCUCUUCGCCAUCCUAUACAAUCCCUCCAAAUUAUACUCGAUCCUCCCAGUAUCCCUUCACAAGUACAUUACGCCGGGUUUAAUCCGAGCCCUGAAGGUAUUUUUCGUCCUUGGACUCCUACGGAAGGUCAGCAAUAAGGCGUCUAAGUUGGCGAUCAACAAUUGGAAGAGCGAUGGAGGAUUUAAUAAGGAAAAGGAAUUGGUGCUAAUCACGGGGGCUUCGAGCGGGAUUGGGUUAUUAAUGGCGAAGGAGUUCGCGGAGAAAGGAUUGGAGGUCGUGAAUUUUGAUCUCGGACCUGCGAAGGAGUCGUUACCAUCAAAUAUCCAUUUUUAUGAAGUAGAUGUCACAUCCUCAGCGCAAAUCUCCAAAGCUGCCGCGGAGGUCCGCAAGGCGCAUGGGGAGCCCACUGUCGUGAUCAACAAUGCCGGGAUCGGCGCGUGUCGCACUAUUCUCGAUGAGCCCGAGGAAAUGAUUCAGAAGACGUUUGCCGUCAAUAAUGUUGCGCAUUUUUGGAUGAUUAGGGAGUUUCUUCCCAAUAUGAUUGAGAAGAACCAUGGACACGUAGUCACGAUCGCGAGUAUGUCGAGUUUUAUCGCUCCUGCCCAACUUGUAGACUACGCCUGCACGAAAACUGCGGCGAUGGCGUUCCAUGAAGGCCUUUCAUCGGAGUUGAGAGCGAGAUACAAGGCGCCGAAUGUCAGGACGACUAUCGUACAUCCAAGCUGGAUCCGUACGCCACUAAUCGAGACGCUGUAUACAUACCCAGCGUGGAACAGCCCACUCCUUGAACCGGAAGUAGUGUCAGGUGCAAUUGUCAAACAAGUUCUAUCUGGAAAGAGUGGCAGCAUUAUUCUACCGAAGGGGGCCGGUGUAGUGAGAUUUCUCCGCGCGUUUCCUGGCUGGUUCCAGAUGGCUGCGAGGAACAGGCUUGCAUAUACGAUCCCCCCGUUUGGUGGUGUUUAA